GUCGGACUCUCGCAUCAUCACCAUCACCGCCACCAUCCUCUGAGGUGUGUCUCCUGCCGCUGGAGCAGCAGACAGACUGCAGACACACAGACAGGAGACAGAUAGUCAGACAGAUCACCGACUGAGAACUACUCCAUCUCUUUGUCCACACGGAACAUGGCGUCAAAAUGUCCAAAAUGCGACAAGACGGUGUAUUUCGCGGAGAAAGUGUCAUCUUUAGGAAAAGACUGGCACAAGUUCUGUCUGAAAUGUGAGCGCUGCAACAAGACGUUGAAUCCAGGAGGCCACGCUGAGCAUGAUGGGACGCCUUAUUGCCACAAGCCGUGCUACGCCACCCUCUUUGGACCAAAAGGGGUGAACAUCGGCGGAGCUGGCUCCUAUGUGUAUGACGCUCCUGUCAACGAAGCCCCUGCUGCCGUUUCCAUGGAAACAGAUGCCAAACCAGAGGAGGAGAAAAAAGCCCACGCACGGGGACCAGUAAAGGCUGCAAGCUUCUCAUCUUUCUCUGGGGGGCCCAACAUCUGCCCCAGAUGCAACAAGACAGUUUAUUUCGCUGAGAAGGUGUCCUCUCUUGGGAAGAACUGGCACCGGCCCUGUCUGCGCUGUGAGAGAUGCAGUAAGACUCUGGCUCCUGGCAGCCACGCAGAGCAUGAUGGACAACCAUACUGCCACAAACCGUGCUACGCGGUGCUGUUUGGGCCCAAAGGUAUGAAGGCAGAAACACUGGGCAGCAGCAGGCUGGUGUCUAGAGAGACUCACAUUAGCAGUUUUUACACAGAAAUCACACAACAGGGCCGCUCCAAAGUCUCUACUUUAUACCACCUUUUUCAUUUUUUACACAGAACUAAACAACAACAGCAUCAUGAUGCCCUAGUGUGUCAUUUUAGAUAGCAUGUCAGCAUCGUGGAAUUAAAAGAGCCGUAACGGGUAACACAAAAGCGUCUGUCUCUAGUGUGACACGUACACAUUAGCAGCACUUUCAAAACAAAAACAAAGACAUAACAUGGCAAUAACUAUCAUUUAACAUCUGUUAUAUGGCAGCUGAUCCCUGGCCUUAUUGUCUCCCAAAUUUGGGGGAAUUUCUCUUCUUCUUUGAGUUAGCCACCAACUACCACCUUGGUCAUACACACAACCCGACAAAAUGUCACACUUGUCCCAUUCAAGGCCCCAUCCUGCCGGCUGUCCCUUUUACACAGACAUUGACUUGACGCUCUUAAUAUCUCUGCAGCCAGCUGAAAGGCAAGACAAGUCUGCGCUUCCAUUCCACAAUCGUAAACUCUGUAGAGAACAGUGAGGUUGAAUAAUGGCGAAACAUUCCUUGAAUAUGAAGUGCCAAAUGUGCUAUCAAGACAUUGCUUCAAAAACUCUCCAAGUCCCCAAACAACAGCACGCAGAGAGUCAUUUUAGAUCCACAAAUAUUUAUCAGAGACAAUUGUAUCGGUUGCAUCAAACCUUGGUGGAUGAAACCAAAUGAAAUAUUUUUGUGGACUUGAAAAGAGAAGAAACCUAUUAUGACCUUACUGCUCUUGCUUAUGCCAUAGCUGCAAAAAUAUAAUCCUGUGUAUAAUCCUAUAUAACCAUUCAAAGUUAACUUGUUCAUUAGCAGAUUUCCAUUUCACAAAACUGUGGCUGUUUUUUCAAAGGGAAUGACUGAUGCAGUCUCCUUUGCGAUUAUAUAGGCUCUGUUCACAAUUUACAAUUCAUAUGUGCUACAUGCCCUGUGGUGGGUGCUGUGGGAUUCCCUUAGCAAGCAAGCGGGGGAAAGUGGCUUUAGAAGAAGAAAACGGGGAAAUACAGAUGUAUGGAGCCCCAGAGGUGCC